AUGGCUUUUUGAGGGAGUUCGGAUAAACUGUUUACGCCUCAAAACGGCAAAUUCUUAGGACUAAUACAGAUGCUUGCAAAAUUUGAUCCUGUGAUGCAAAAGCAUUUGGCACUUGCAAUAAAAGGUGACACUUCAGACCAUUAUUGCGUGAGCCGAUGGAAAAUUUUAAUUGAUCAUGUUAAAAUUUUGCAUUUAAAGAAACUCUGUGACACGCGGUGGGAAGCAAAAAUAAGUAGUGUUAAAGCCGUUCGUUAUCAAGUUGGUGAUGUACAUGACGCUUUGAUAGCAUUGUCAGAAAUUGAAGGAUGUAAUCCUGAAACUGCACAUGAAGCGAUAACUCUAGGAGAGCAAUUAAAAGGUUUUAGCUUUCUUGUCUUUUUCAUUGUCUGGUAUGACGUUCUUUUUCAAGUCAAUACUGUUAGUAAAACUCUUCAAGAAAAAGACAUGGACAUCACUCAAUGUGCAAAGUUAUUGAAAAGCUGUUGUUCAUUUUUAGAAAACUAUAGAAAAUGUGGUUUUAAAGAUGCAAUUAUAAAAGCAAAGGAUUUGGCUAUAGAAUUACAAGCGGAGCCUGUUUUUAAACCACUUAAAAGAAUAAUAGGAGUGAAACGCCAUUUUGACGAACCAGCCCAAGAUGGGAUUUAUUUAUUUUCUCCUGAAAAAAAAUCAGAAAUCGAUUUCUUCAAUCCUCUUUUAGACACAUCUUUAAUUUCAAUGAAAGAAAGAUUUAUACAGUUGGAGAAUUAUUCUGAAGUUUGGGGUUUUUUGUAUAAUGUCAAUAGUUUGCAAAAAAGAGAAGAAAUUCUAAAAUCAUGUUUUGCUCUUCAAAGUAAACUUACCGUAAAUCUAAAAUCGGACAUUAAUGGUAUUCUCCUUUGCGAUGAACUAAUGAACAUUAAACCUUUUCUUUCUGAAAUGGUCAAGGAUAAAAUUACUCCUAUUAUUGUUUUAAACUUUAUAAAACAGCACAAAAUGCAAGAUUUGUAUCCAAACACAUGGAUUGCAAUGCGAAUUUUGCUAACUAUACCUGUCACUGUAGCGAGUGGAGAAAGAAGCUUUUCCAAAAUGAAACUAAUAAAAACCUAUCUGCGGUCAACAAUGUCGCAGGAUAGACUUUCAAGUUUAGGAACCCUAUCGAUUGAAAAGAAUACUGCUGAAAAUCUUGAUUUUUCAACCCUAAUCAAAGAUUUUGGUGAUAAGAAGGCUCGUAAGAUUAAUUAA